AUGGAGACUCGCCAGGUGUCCAGGAGCCCCUGGGUGUGGCUGCUGCUGCUGCUGCUGCUGCUUGUGCCAGGGGGCACCCGGCCGGCCUCGAGAGUCGCCCUGCCCCCCGCCGGGGUCCUCAGCCUCCGCCCCCGGGACCGGGCCUGGGCGACUCCCGCCAGCCCGCUCUCGCGGCGGAGUCUGGCGCUGGCAGACGACGUGGCCUUCCGGGAGCGCGCGCGGCUGCUGGCCGCCCUGGAGCGUCGCCACUGGCUCAACUCGUACAUGCAGAAGCUGCUGGUGCUGGGUGCCCCCUGA